AUGCGAAGGGUAAACGACAUGUCCACCGUGCCUCAGACAGUGGAGGUCGCUAUGGCUUCGGGCAACACGAGUUGCAUGACGACCAAUUCAAAUGCACUCAGCAUCAACUUUCUCCUCUCCGACGGUUUAAGUCACGAUCUGCCACAUGUCGUGUAUCCACACAAUCUGUCCGACUCUAGCCCGGUUGACCAUCUUCCCACCUCUUGCGCCAUGUCGGCCGUCUCCUCCUCCUCCCUCGGCCAGCCGAACUGUCUCGACGCCCGACUGCAAUACUCGACGGCGGAGGAUUUGACGACCUCCGUCUUCCAGUCGACCGGCUGGUCAGGUCUACCGGGAGUCGGCCAAACGCCAUCUCUCCUCUCCACCGUCUACGAGGAGGCCGUGGGUCUGGUGGGUCCGGCCAAACUGGAGGCCGGUCAGACGGCCGAAGAGCCGGCGACCGGCUGUUUCGCCAUACCGGCCGGACUGUUGCUGCCCAUUCUACCCGUCGGCGGGUCGGAGAUCGACCUCGAUCUCGGCAAGUCGUCGGCCGUCACCAGUCGAGACGUCUACCUCUCGAGCUACCCAGACCUCCGAGGCUCAGCCUCCAAAAGCUCAGACCAUCCGACGCCGGACAAGACGGCGACGCCCACCGCCAACGGACAGACGUUCAGUCACCCUCCGCCGGCCAAGCCGGACUCGAGCCAUGCGGCAUCGGCUCACGGACCCGUUCAGGUCAGCCCAUCCGCCGAGCUCAUGCAACGGUUGGUCAUCUGCUUGCCUCCCUCCUCCGUCGCCUCGACGACUCUGCCCGCGUCCGCGUCUGCCGGGCAAGAUCAUCUUCACCUCCUCACGCUCGGCCAAUCCUCGUCGGCUGCUCUGCGCCCCCUCGACGGCUGUAUGUCCUCGGCCGGUUUCGCCGAUCCCUCGGCCUCCUCCGGCCUCGCCGGCGAUCCCGAGGUUCGAGCCCGUCUUGGCUUCGUCGACAGCGUCGUCUGCUCCACGCCAGUCUACCAGUUGGCAUAUCCCACGCAAAUGCUCAGCGCCUUGGCCACGUCGAGUCUGCCGGCAACCGGGCAACAGACGACGUUCGGCCGUCUCGUCAUGACGUCGGAUCCGGUCGAGGCGGCGGCUUCGGCCGCCGUGGCGCCUCUUCUCAUGGACGAAGGCUUCGCGGGGACUCUGCUCCUCGGCCCGUCGGCAAGUCUGCCGGCCCAACAUGCAACAGACCGACUCGGUCGCUAUGGACGGCGUUGA